CAUCGCCUCUGCCUGUUCCAGAGCCCGACGGCCUCCUCCGGGAUGUCCUCAACCGACCCCAAGGCGAUCCCGUGCAAGUUCUAUUUGCUCGGAUCGUGUCGAGCUGGAUCAAAAUGCAAGUUCUCCCACAAGCGGGACGUAUCCGCCGACUCUCUUGUCUGUCAGUACUAUCUGAUGGGUAACUGCCGAUAUGGUGCAAAUUGCGCACUCCCCCAUGUCAAGCCGAAACCUCAGCAGGCGGCAAGCCCGUCCAGCUCGCGGCCACCCAAGACCCGAACACCUUCGACUCCACCUCCCAGCUCGGGCCGGGGGGCACUGUCGCCGGUAUCCAUGGCUGCAAGCCCGCCGUUCGCUCCCCAGUCAAGUCUCGAGAUGGCUUCGAUGCUUCCGAGCGAUGCAGUCCCUCUGUUCCAUGCUCUGGACACACUGCGGACUCAGUUCCAGGAGGACGAGUACGUCGAACAUGCCAUCUUGCCGUCAUCGCUGAACGACCUGAUGACACCUAUGGAGCAGCUGUGUUUUUCGGCGUCGUCCAAGGGUUCGAGCUGGAGCGAAGAACCCGAUCCCUCCGACAAGCUCUCAUACUCACAAAUCGCAAAGAUGGCUGCCAUCGAGAGCACGUAUGUCAAGAGCCCUACCAAGCCACGACUUCAGAAUGCGCCUGUUUCUCUCCCUGGAAAUGCCGUGCCAAGCGGCACCGUGGCCUUCGAGGCCAUGGUUCUCUGCCCGUUUGCGAUGCAAGGAGCCUGUCGGUACGGAGACAAGUGCAGAUACAUCCACGGCCUCGAGUGUCCCAGCUGCGGAAAGUGUGUGCUGGAUCCGUUUCAUUCGCCUGAGCAACACGAAGAGGAGCACAUCCAGAAAUGCCGUGAAUCAAAGGUGCUGGAGUCCAAGACGGAAGCAUCCCUCCGAAACAGCGAGGACAUGGAAUGUGUCGUUUGUAUGGAGCCGGUCUUGUCCAAGCGUGACCCGCGGUUUGGGCUUCUGAACUGUGAGCACUGCGUGUGUCUGGGAUGCAUCCGCCAGUGGCGCCAGAACGAGCGCAUGGACACAGCAAAGACAUGUCCCAUAUGCCGGACCGUGACGCAUUUCGUGGUGCCGUCGGCAGUAUGGAUCACGGAUGCGGAAGAGAAGCAGCAGGUAAUCGAAGACUACAAAACCAAGUUGAGGUCCAUCGACUGCAAGCACUACAAUUUUGGAGACGGGACCUGUCCCUUUGGAACCUCAUGCUUCUUCCGCCAUGUCAACCACGACGGCGUGCCCGAGCAGAUCAAGCUUCGAACCGUCCUUGGAACCGACGACGAGGUCCGGGUUGUCAGCACAGUCAAGCUCUCGGACUUUCUGGAUCGCCAUUGAGCCUGUUGACUCUGGAAGGGAGGAGGUAGACCGCCGGAGCCUUGCGUCGCUCGGGUUCGUGUCAGGGACAUGGAUCCACACGAGACACAUCAACUGCUCGCAUUCGACCCUGCUGACCCGUCCACGACCAGCGUGCGAAAAACAACCGUAAUAUAUACAUCCAUAGAGAGACCUUGA